AUCAUCAAUCAGUAUUUCUUUAACUGGAGAUGUACAUGUGUGAUGAGUCUGGACCUCUGAAUCUGAAGCCUCAUGAAGAACUAGGCCGCAGUUAGUUAACUGGACUUGAUGACAUGGAUUUUCUGUUGUAGGACUAUUUUGGUUUUUGGAAAAUGAAAUAAAGUUGGUCUGGGCCUGUUGAAUAUUAACGUAGGAUUUUAACAGCAGCUUUGUCAAGUCAGUCAUCUGUUUGGUCUGAGCUGUACCACAAAAACACAAAGUGGAACAUGGGACAUCCACGUAUGAAGACAUCUAAGACAGAAAUGGAGCUUGUGAAUGAAUAAUGGCUGACAAGAUUGGUCCCAUGAUAGCCGCUGUGCCAAACCACUCGGUGCCAAAUCUCACCACUGCCCCAUGGGAGCCCAAUCCUACGGUUCCUGCCAAUGUGGGUGUCGUCACAAGCUCCCAGUCACAAAUCAAAGACCUUUUUGGGUUGUUCUGCAUGGUGACCCUUAACCUCAUCGCUUUGCUGGCCAACACGGGUGUGAUGGUGGCCAUUGCUCGUGCGCCCCACCUGAAGAGGUUUGCUUUCGUGUGUCACCUUUGUGCGGUGGACCUGCUGUGUGCCAUCCUUCUCAUGCCACUGGGUAUCAUAUCCAGCUCAGCGUUCUUUGGCACAGUGGUGUUUACUGUCCUGGAGUGCCAGGUUUACAUCUUCCUCAAUGUUUUCCUCAUCUGUCUCUCCAUCCUCACCAUCACAGCCAUCAGUGUGGAGCGUUACUUCUAUAUCGUACACCCCAUGCGUUAUGAAGUCAAGAUGACCAUCAACCUUGCUAUUGGUGUCAUGCUACUAAUCUGGGUUAAGUCAGCCCUCUUAGCUUUGGUCACGCUGUUUGGAUGGCCAGCUUAUGGACCUCAGAGCUCUAUAGCUGCAGCUCACUGCUCCCUCCACGCGAGCCACAGUCGUAUAAGAAGUGCAUUUGCUGUGCUCUUCAGUGUGGUUUGUUUCCUGGUUCCUGCCGUGGUUAUCUUCGCUGUUUACUGUGCCGUGUACAAGGUAGCUCGUUCUGCAGCCCUGCAGCAAGUCCCUGCUGUGCAAACGUGGGCAAAUUCGAGCCCUGCUAAGGAUCGCUCAGACUCUAUCAACAGCCAGACCACCAUGAUCACCACCACCCGCACUCUGCCCCAAAGACUAUCUCCAGAGAGGGCCUUCAGUGGAGGCAAGGCAGCUCUUACCUUGGUGUUCAUAGUGGGCCAGUUCUUUGUUUGCUGGUUGCCCUACUUCAUCUUCCACCUGCAAAUGUCUCUGACUGGCUCUAUGCACAGCCCCGGGGACUUGGAGGAAGCUGUCACCUGGCUGGCCUACUCCUCCUUUGCAGUUAACCCGUUCUUCUACGGCAUGUUGAACAGGCAGAUCAGAGAAGAGCUGGUAAAGUUUCGGCGCUGCUGCUUGACCCAGCCAGCGGAGUUUGGGACAUCCAGCCAUGAGGGUUCCCUUCAGGAGAACUUUCUCCAGUUCAUCCACAGAACCACAAGCACAGCUGAAACCCCACCCAGCUGUACUAACUCUCGUCCCAAAAACACUGUGGAGCAGGGGAUGAAGAUCCCUGGACAAAUACCUGAGGAGCAGGCUUAGACAUUGACCAACAUGAGCUUUGGACCACAGUGCUAAUACACAGGCAAUGUCAGUUUGUUGUAGGUGGGCCUUUUUUUGUUCUUCUCAAAGAAUAGGCUCACAUUUGGAGUCUGUCCUAAAACAAUACUGACAUGCUCAUAUGUACAUACAUGCCAUAUGUAAGUAUUAAAAUCAUCCACUCAAAGGAGCAGUGUGUAAGAUUUUGUGGGAUUUAGUGGCAUCUAGUGGUGAGGAUUGCAGAUUGCAACCAGCUGAAACUUCUCCCUGUCAGAAUUCCUUCAUUGUUCACUUUUCAGGGGGGUUUUACCAGAAACCAAAUUAUCCACAGAGGUCACUUCCUCUCCAAAACAAACUGAUAACUUAAGAUCCAAACAUUCAGGAGUUUUCCUCUCCAAAACAAAUGGAUAUUGUGAUUCAAAUCAGUAAAAACACUGAAUAAAGCAGUUUUACAUAAAUAAAAAAUCAGUGUUUUUCUGACACUGCUUGUCAUGGAGGGGCUACUAAUUACAGUGGCCAAUGCAAAAAUGCAAAUCCACAAAAAACGCUAAUGGCCCUUUCUAGAGUCAGUGUUUGGUUUGUGUCUUCUGGGCUAAGAACAUGGUGGUGAAACACGGGGACUCCAUGGACGAGGACCCACUCCCCAUGUAGAUAUAAACUGUUUAUUCUAUGGAAACGAGAACACAACAGUUCUAAUUUUCAGGUAAUUAUACACCAAAGAAAACAUACUUGGGACAUUAUAGUCCAUUUCUGCCAAUAUAUCCCUAUAUAUCCUACACAAGUGCAAGUAGCAAUGUAUACAAAUACUCCGUUACAAACAGUACAAAAGUAUUAGCAACAUAAUUUAUGCACAGAGUGACAAGUGGAAGUAUUGGUCUCACUGUACUCAUGUUAUAGCUAUUAUCUAUGUUAUACUUUUAUAUUGUUGGAUUGUUAUGUUGAUUUAUUAAUUUGCAAGGCAGUACUUUCAUGUUGUCAAAGUGGAGCUUAUUUUAACUUCUUAAUAUAAUUUUGUAUUUUAAUCUUCAGCAAUGGAUUAUAUUUUAU